AAUGGGAAGCCCCCCGGAGGCUCCCGCAGACCCGAGGCUGCGCUGUGGUGCCGCGGGACCGGGACACGGAGGGAAGGGAGUGAGCCGUGCGCUCACGGAGGCCCCGGGCCGUCCGGCGCGCGUCUCAUCGUCAGCCAUGGGGUCGGCGGCGCUGGAGAUUCUCGGCCUGGUGCUGUGCCUGGUGGGCUGGGUGGGCCUGAUCCUGGCGUGCGGGCUGCCCAUGUGGCAGGUGACCGCCUUCCUGGACCACAACAUCGUGACGGCGCAGACCACCUGGAAGGGGCUGUGGAUGUCGUGCGUGGUGCAGAGCACGGGGCACAUGCAGUGCAAGGUGUACGACUCGGUGUUGGCGCUGAGCACGGAGGUGCAGGCGGCGCGGGCGCUCACCGUGGGCGCCGUGCUGCUGGCGCUCGUCGCGCUCUUCGUGACCCUGGCGGGCGCGCAGUGCACCACCUGCGUGACCCCCGGCCCGGCCAAGGCGCGCGUGGCCCUCACGGGUGGCGCACUCUACGCGUUCUGCGGGCUGCUGGCGCUCGUGCCGCUCUGCUGGUUCGCCAACAUCGUGGUCCGCGAGUUCUACGACCCGACCGUGCCCAUGUCGCAGAAGUACGAGUUGGGCGCCGCGCUGUACAUCGGCUGGGCCGCCUCGGCGCUGCUCAUGUGCGGCGGCGGCCUUGUGUGCUGUGGCGCCUGGGUCUGCGUUGGCCGGCCCGACUUUAGCUUCCCCGUCAAGUACUCCGCGUCGCGGCGGCCCACGACCAGCGGCGAUUAUGACAAGAAGAACUACGUCUGAUGGAGCCGGGCAUAGCAGGGCCGUGAGCCGGAGAAUUGGCCAGGGCAGCCCCUCACGGACGGCGGCCUGCGCCUGCGGCACACAAGCUCCGCAGAACUCCCAGUUCUUUGCUGUGACUGGACUCUGGCCGCACUAGCGGGGCCCAGGCCCCGCCCUACCCUGCAAGGCGACCCACACUUGGGAGGACUCGCUCGGUUUCUUUCUCUGUGUGCAGUUCUGGCUGCGACGUGGGUGGGGCGCGGGUUCCCUGGGCUCUGUGGGCUCUGGACCGAAGAUCCCAUUCCCUGUCCGAUCCUUAGGGUCUUGGAUGCCGCCCACCCCUCCGUAGCUUCUGCCGAUUCCAGAGAGGUGGACAGAGUCCAGGACUCCCAGCCUGGGCUGCCGGAGGGACAUGUACAGCUGGCCUUUAAUCCAUCAGCAGGCUAGCCCCUGGAGGUGGGGGGCAAGAGACUUGGCCUGGACCCGAGACAUGGGCACCAGAUACUGGGUGUGGGACUCAGGCCCUGCCCUCCUUUGCAGCUUGGGGGGGGGGUGUUGUUUGCUUAGUAAAUGGUUUGGAUACCCUCCCUGUGUCCUGU